AUGAUGAGAGGUGCGCCAAUUAUCGUUUUAAGCCAAGAAACAAAGCGCGAAACUGGACAUCAAGUUCAGACAGGAAACAUCACUGCCGCAAAAACAAUUGCGGACGUUAUUCGAACUAGUUUGGGUCCUUGCGCGAUGUUAAAAAUGCUGAUGGAUCCUAUGGGAGGUAUUGUAAUGACAAAUGAUGGGAAUGCUAUUUUACGCGAAAUUACUGUGAAGCAUCCUGCGGCCAAAUCAAUGAUUGAUAUUGCUAGAACACAGGACGAAGAAACUGGUGAUGGCACAACAUCUGUGAUCGUUCUAGCUGGAGAGGUUAUGGCUCAAGCCCAGCAAUUUUUGGAUCAAAACAUACAUCCAACAGUGAUUAUUCAGGCAUACCGUAUGGCUUUAGACGAAAUGAUUGCCUUAGCUGAAUCGAAAUUUAGCAAGCCAAUUGACGUAAGCAAAGAUAAGGAAGUAGCUGAAGUAGUUAAGUCUUGCUUGGGAACUAAAAUGCUUGCUAAAUGGAUGGACUUGGCAGUAAAAAUUGCUCUAGAUGCCGUAAAAACUGUUUCUGUUACGAGAUAUGGACAUCAAGAAAUUGAUAUAAAACGAUAUUGUAGGAUCGAAAAGAUUCCUGGAGGUACAAUUGAAGAUAGUUGUGUUGUGAAGGGAGUGGUAUUAAAUAAGGACGUGACGCACGCGAAAAUGGCGAGAAGAAUAGAAAAGCCGCGGGUUCUUCUUCUUGACUGCAAUCUAGAAUAUAAGAAGGGUGAGAGCCAAACAACCCUGGAGAUUAUGCAUGAAGAAGAUAUUAGCAAAGUUCUCGAGCAGGAAGAGGCUGCAAUAAAGAAAAUGUGUGAUGAUGUGAUCCGUGUUAAACCAGACGUUGUAUUCACUGAGAAAGGGGUCUCUGAUUUGGCUCAGCAUUUCUUGUUAAAGGCAGGGAUCACUGCAAUUAGGAGGUUGAAGAAAACAGAUAAUAAUCGGCUUGCUAGAGUGACAGGUGCUACCAUUGUAAAUGACACACAAGAUCUCAAAGAGGAAGAUGUUGGUACAAAAGCUGACUUGUUCGAGGUCAGUAAAAUCGGUGACGAAUAUUACGUAUACGUGACGUCGAAAGAAACCACAGCAGUUACAUUAGUUUUGAGAGGUCCAAGCAAGGACAUAAUAAAUGAAAUGGAACGGAAUCUUCAAGAUGCUUUGAAUGUUGUUCGGAACGUGCUUAUUAAUCCACGCCUGGUUCCUGGUGGUGGUGCUUUAGAAAUGGCUUUGGCUCAGGCUUUAAAUGAAAAAGGAAAAUCAAUUGAGGGUGUUAGACAGUGGCCUUUCAAGGCGGUAGCACGUGCUCUUGAAGUUAUUCCUCGCACACUUAUUCAGAACUGUGGUGGUUCAACAAUACGGCAACUUACCGCUUUGAGGGCUAAGCAUGCACAAUCUUCAGACAACUGGACUUGGGGUAUUGACGGCACUACGGGACAACUGGUAGAUAUGAACACACUUAAAAUAUGGGACCCUCUUUCUGUGCGACUCCAGGUGCUGAAAACUGCCGUUGAAACAUCGGUUAUGUUACUGAGAAUAGAUGAUAUUGUUUCUGGCACGAAAAAACGUGAUGGCGGCGAUGGUCCAACGGCUGAAAUGCCUCAAUGA